AGUUCAGGGGCAGAGUCACUCCUCUAUCUAUCUCAGACCAUCACAGGCUGAUCCAGACUCUUUCUGUGCUCUGAUUUGCACUAGGAUCCAUACCAGGCCUUGACCAGUACAGGAAUUGACCUAGCAACUUCUUCAACGAGAGUGACAAACAAGAGGUGAAGCAAUGGCUGCUACAGCGAAGGCAGUGGUCUGUCUGUGUCUCUGUUUGACAGCGUGUCAAGUCAGAGGCUCCUUCGUCCCCCAAGAGAUGAACAGAACCCUCAAGACCCUCCUGAACCACUAUGUGAGUACCAAGAAAACCCUCAGUACUACUACUGUAACUUUUACAGUAACUUUUACAGCUGCUGUUAUUACUAAGACUGAUAUUCUUAAUAUCAUGGCAUCGGUAUGUGGGGCACAGCACUUCAAACACAGGUACAAGCUUUCUGUUUCCUCCUGGUACUUUCACACGCUGUUGCGCUUACCACAAACACACAAAGUCACGCAUGCGCACACACAAACAGAUGUUACAGGUCCUUUGUGCAUUUUUAAAGGACUAUUCUAAUGUUUUUUUGCACCAUUUUACAUUGUCAAAUACAAACAGAAUACAGUGUCGAAAGUAAGUCAGGUUUCUUAAAAUUUUAUAAUAGAGGGGUAGGGAUACUUAUCUAGAUGGUGCAUUCAGGGACUCUCUAACUGCAGAUAUUAGAAUAAUAGACACUAAAUUUCACCAAUUGUUUUGAGAAACAGACUACUACAAAAAAGCCUCUCUGUGCAAAUGUGAAUAGGACAUUAAAGAGCCACAUCUUCCGCUUGGUUGUGGUCGGUCAGUUCAAAAGUUCAAAAAGUCUGCAAGGUGGUCGACCAUUCACGAAAUUCAACAAAAUAUAACUGUUUUGUUGCCUCUUCACAUUUUAAAGUUAAUUUUUUGGGCUAGAAGAGCUGGUAGAGCGUAAAAGUGAGCAGAGAUUUGGGAAUGAUAUGUGAUGAAGGGUCAUGGGUCAGAAUCCAACCUGACCAGUCAUGGCAGGGGCUACGGCCUCGCAAAAUGGGCGCCACAAAAUUUUACAUAUAUACUUUACCUCUUAAAACUUUCAAAUUGAACAUGAUAAGUUUGACAUAUUUCUUUGUCAGAUGCUUUGCUAAACAAAAAUACUAAUGUGUAAAGAUUAAACAAAGGUACUACAAGGGUCAAUUAUACCAAAUGUCGUGGAUUUGUCAUUAUUUGCAAAUGUGAUGUUACCUUUAAUGUCAAAAAUGAUAACUGAAAAUCAUUGAAGUAAAAGUGAAUAUAAUGUCCAUAAAAUAAAAAAUGUCAUUUAUUUUUUUAUUUUUUUUUAAACAUAUUUAAAAAUUAUCUCAAUUUUUUUCUAUUUAUGUGUAUUUUGGAUCUUUUACCAUCAACAGACGUAAACAAAUAACAUUAAUUGUAGCUAUUGAUGCCCCAAAAAGGAAGAAAAAUCAUGAUUUCUUUCUUAUUAAGGUACUUAAAGGGUUGAAAAAGACAAUUUUCACAGACAAGUGCGCACACACCACAAAUUCAUCUGUCAUAAUUGGUAUUUUUAAAAAUAUACUUGAACUGCAUUCUGUUAAAAACACUUUAGUCCAACAACUUUUCCAGUGUCGAACUUUCUUGAACGCACCGAUAUUUUUAUCUUUCAACAUUGGAGAUCAGCUAAUAUUGAUCAUAGACCUUAAUGGAGGGAAAAUGUUCAAUCAAGCCAAUUUUGUGUUGACAGUAUGUUUCUUUGUGAUUUUUGCAGGAGAUUCCACCAGAAGUGAGAUACAACGGGAACCUGGUCUUCUCCAGAGAACCCCUGACCGGCAAAGUUGAGGUAAAAGUCAAACAAUGGACAGACAAAAUAUCUAAAAUGGGAUGUAUUGGUGUUCUGAGUCAUGAAGUACAACCAUCGAAAACUUACACAGCUCAGGUUUUCCUUCCAAUUUGACUCAGAGUCACUACUUAGUGACUCCCAGUUUGUAUAUUUCAGCUUAUUAGAUAUUAUGAUGCAUCACUGUUGGCUCAUCCUGUAAUUUAUCAAGUUUCUGCAGAAUUAUGGUAUCAUAAAAUUAACGUCAAACACACGCUAAGUAUAGCAUUGUAUCGUAAGUUACUGUGCCAUUACCACCCAACACUAAAUAGACAUAAUAGAGAGACUAAGUCCAUAAUUACAGGAGAAUUUCUCAAAAAUCUUAAAACUUGAUGCAGGUGGGUACAACUAGUCUUAAACAAAACAUCAACAUUUCCACCAAAACCCCAACCACACCCGCCCUGGACCUCUGCAAAGCCCCUCUGGUUUAAAUCCAGGAUGGCAGCUGCAGUUCUGCUAGCACAGACAUCAUGCAGUGCAAUGAAAAGAACUAGUUCCUGUCAUUUACUCUGUAAGAUGUGUUUCUGGGUGUGUUGCCACCUCUAUCAAACUCAGGAUGGAGACUAACUUGAUGUUUAAUCAUCAUGCUAAACUAGACUGAAUGUCCUUCUUAUAUCAAAGUUAAAGCGUAGACACACAUUGGAUAUGGAUCGUCUUGACCAUAUCCCAAAAACAAGGUACAUAAACUCACUUUCCAAAUUUAUUAAGGUUAUGUGGAAAUCAUUGGGAGUAUUCAGGUGAUAUCUUAUCUGCACAUGAAGAUGCAUGUAAGUGAUUUGGGUUCGAAAGGGAGUUGGUAAAAUAGUUAUUGCUAUAAUCUGUCAAGCUUCGACAGCAUUUAGUUAGCUGUCUGCCAAUGAGUCAGUAGAAGGCUUAUCUAUCACUGUUGAGGGUAUUGGCGUUUGUGUGGGUUUUCUCUGCACUGUGCAACAUUUGUGCAACUCUUCUCUAGCUCCAAAUCCAACUUUCAGUCUUCGACAACAAAGAUAAAGAGCUCCUUGAUGGUUGGUGAUAGUCGACACAGCAGAGUAACAUGUUUAUUUCAGAGCCUGCAGCUCCAAAGGGUGAUGCGGUUAACAAGAUGUUAUCUACAUGAGACGAUAUGAAAGCACAUAUGUGUAAACAGAGGCUGUAGAUUCUGUGGUAUGUGGCUUUUAGACCGUCCCUGUGAAAUACUCUGCUGAAUUCAUACAUUUGAUAGAAGAUCUCUUCAGGCUUUGAUGCUAUAAAAUGCCAGUCCAGGUUUUUCCUCAUCCUGUUCCCCAUCUGCUGAACUGAGCGCUUUACAGUAUGUCAUGACUGCAGUUUGGUUUCAUUCAGGACAAACACUUUAAUCUUAAAGAGAUAGUAAAAGAUUUAUCAAAUAAGAUGUUAGAGACAAAGAGGACUUGUUUGCCACCUUUCAGUUCUGUGCUCUGGCAACAUAAACCCUCUCUUUGACAUAACUUCAGAACAUUUACAGACUUUUUUUUUGCUGUAACUUGGUCUGGUAUCAGUCAUGUUAUAUUUGCCAAUCUGUGGUUUGAAUCUACGAUAUGUAAUUGUUGGAAAGACGAUGGAUAAACUUCACAUUAGGACACACUUUUUAAAGAUUUUAGACUGGGGGAUUCUCUCAAAAAAAGCCACCAAGACUGUAACGUAAGAGUGGAAUUUGUACUAUUUUAGUGUACAUAGUGCUUCUUCAUUUGGAAAAGGUUAUUGCAUGGAAGGUGGUAUUCAGGAUUGACACCCCCCCACUCACUCUCCUGGGUUUUCCCAUUGUGUGUUUCCCCUCACUGCAACAUCACAUGUGUCACCAUUUAGCACUUUUUAUUCAUGAAGCGAAACUGAACUUUAACACAUUGUUUUAAUUUACUCUUCGUAUUAAAAAUGCUAUGAUACUGCUGCUUUCAAAUGACUUUCAAACCUGUUAGCAGUUUCGUUUAAGACAUAUAUGUUUCACAGUUAUUGAGUGGUGUUGCUCUUUAAGACCUCACCUCUGCUAAUUUUAUCACUUGUGUGGGAAACCACAGCGCUUUUUUUCCGUUGUGUGAGACCGUUUUAAGUCAAAACUUAACCUCAGAGCUGGUACAAGUUAGUCAAAUCAGACAAGAAUAAAUCUUUCUUUACAGCUCUGCUUUUCAUGUUAACUCCACAUAUUCUUACCACCAGUUUUGAGUUUAAAGUCCCACUUUUCCAAAAAUCAGCCUAUUCAAAGAUAAUCAGUUAAAUGUAUGUCAGCCACGAGUAUAACAUGUCCAAAGCAUUUUGUGUAUCACUUUCUAGAAAAGAGUAGUCCCUGACCUCUUUGUUCUCCUGCAGGUGCAGAAGGUGUAUAUGGCUGGCGUUCUGGAAACGUACGAAAAGCUUCUGGGCCACAUGAUGAAGCAGCCGCACACCUCGAGUCCAGUGACAGCUGGCGGUGACGUGCAGCAAAAUGCUGGCACUGCUGUUGGAGCUGAGACAGAGUUAAAGAAGGACAUCAGGAAGAAGCUGGAGUCCAUCGUGACGAAGGUCAAGGAUCUGAGAGAGCACCAAUUCCAGGAGCAGGAGAAGCUUCUGCAUAGACUGCAGUCUCUUAGACACAUUAAGGUAAGGUCACAGUGACGGACAGAAGAAGAGAGAGGGUACACAUGGAUGUUAUAUGUUGGCUUUCUGAUUAGAUAGAAAUGGUGCUGUUUUAGGCUACGUCAGGCUUUUAGCUGUCCAAAGUAGGACCAGCAUGUUUUUACACCAAAGUAGUUGGAUACUAAAGAUCAUUCAGAGUCGCAGUGCUUUAAAAUACAAAAGUCUUGAAGUCAGUUCUGCACACUUAAUUCACUGCUUAAAUUUGCACUAUUGCACUCAGCUGAUGGAGUAUGAAGAGCAAAGAAGUCUCUGUGAAAGGCAGCCUGAUAAAUAAAUGUCAACAACAACUUACGUAUAGUUACAUUGUUUUGUUAUUCAAAAGAAAAUGGUUUCAAAACCCUGUAAACCUUACACCUAAAUUCAUAACUUAAGUCAGUUUUUUUCCUUUUUCUGCUGAACCUGCAUCUUCUCAGCAGACUUCGAAAGUGUCACCAAAAAUUACUUUUCUGGUUCCGAUGUAGUUACCUUGAUCACUUUGACACAGAAGUUAAUUCUUCAUUAGGGCUAAUAUGACCACUCAACACAAAACAGAUGCUAGAGGGAUACUUAGUUUUUUAUAUCAUGAAGAGACGAGCUGGCUGGUUAGGAGUGAAAAUGUGCUGAAAGGCAUUUAUACUUGGUUUCAUAUAAGACACUUAGAAUAGUUUGUGUUGGGACUUAAAAGUGUCUGAAGAAAGAAUUUUAAACCAUUUAUGUUUAGGUUAAAAGGAUUUAUGCUGGUUUAUGCUGCGGUAAAUGAAAAAUGUUGAAAAAGAUUUUGCUUAGUUCCAGUUUGGGGGUUUUGAACCCUUUAAAAGAUUAGGUCUUGUAUGGUUGUUAGAACACUUUUAAAAUGUGAACGCUUGUGUCAAGCUGAUUUUUUUCCACAUAGAAAAUUAUUCAAGUGUGGGGCCAGGACUUUAAAAUGUUCAUGCAGUGUUUUUUGGAAGUUUUUAAAAAUGUGAAAUGCACUAAAAAGGAUUUAAGUAGGGAUGAGGAAAACACUUUCAAAAAGUUGUAUGUAUCAACUUUUUGUAGGGUCAACCAUGGAUGACGGAAAGUCUAAAGUAAAGCUGAUAAAAAUAAAGGGGGUUCGUGUUGUUAAUUUUUUUUUGUUUCUACCUGUCUUACAGAUGGAUAACCUUGAAGUCCAGAGCAAAGCAUUGUCGGAGCUGCCCUGGCUGUACGAUUCGGCUAGCAAUUUGGCCAACAACAGCACGAGGCAGAGACGGCGAAGACGGCAAGCAUGGAAGAUCAAAACUCACCCAAAGGCCAAAAAUUAAAAGGGUCACAACGUAACGUCAAGAAUGACAUCAACCAGACUAAAAUAAAUACGCAACAACAGGAAAAACAAAUAUUACAUAAUGUUAAUGUUAAUGAUAAACAUAAACUGAAUUUUAUUAAUAUUCUUUUAAUGAAGGUAAACCAGCAGCCUAAGCCUAAUAGAUUUUGUCACUUUUUAAAAUCCUAUAUUUUUAAACCAAGUUUGGUGCUCAGUACCCAAAACUAGUCAGACUGUUUGGUGGGUUUAAGAUCAACUUUUACAUUUUAUAUAUGACAUGCCUUAUCAAUCAAAGUUUCAAUCAUUGUAACCUGGAAAUACUUGAUUUCUUGAUUUUGUUUUAAGCAGUUGAUUUAUUGUUAUAGAAAAGUUCAUUUCUGAUUUCUUUAAUGUCAAUGACUCAGGUUUUAACUUGAAUAGAAAAACAUAAUAUUUACAUUUUAUUUAAUUGUUUUAAGAAGGUGUGCCUUUAUCAUGUCAAUGUUUUUGAAAUAAUGUCUAAAAGUGAGUUGUGCUCUUUAUCAGCGAAAGUGAAAUAUAGUCCAAAUAUCUUGAAAUAAUGUAAACAUGACGGACUCCAGGAGACCCUGAUCCAAACUUCUCAAAAGAAACUGCUUAAAAGGGAAAUUGGUGAUGGUGAUGAUAUUGUUGUUUACAGUCAGACAGCACACCAGAGUUUGAUGCUGACAAGUCCUCUGAAUAUUAACUUUCCACACUUAGGUGUUACACAGUUCAGGGAUUUUACUUUUUUACUUGUCAUUUUUUAAUGUUUAUAUUUAUUUUUGUAUUUAAAGUCUAUUUAAAAAUGAGGUAUGCUGUGGUGACUGAUAGUUGAUUAAUUUAUUUUGUUAUUGUAUUGUUGUGAUUAUUUAUUGAUUGGCACAUGCUGACCUAUGCAACUGAUUAAAGCAGAAUGAAAAUGCCA